CGCGAAGUUUCUUUAUCGGAUGAUAACGGGUGCACGGCGUUACAGCGUGCGGCAGCGGAUGGCCACGUCGAUGUCGUGCGGGUUCUUCUCGAGAGCGGAGCCGACCCCAACAAACAGGACCAUGUGCACGGCAACACAGCUGCGCACGAAGCGGCGUGGAAAGGGUAUUCCCGCACAGUGGCACUAUUGGCCCGAUGUGGCGACAUGCGUAAACGCAACGCAGCCGGGUUCGCCCCGCUGCACCUCGCCACCCAGAACGGACACAACCAAUCCGCGCGCGAGCUUUUACUUGCGGGCGCUCCACCCGACUUGCAAAAUAAUUACGGCGAUUCAUCUCUCCACACCGCCGCACGCUACGGCCACGCAGGAGUCACUCGCAUUCUCAUCUCGGCGCAGUGCCGCGUCUCCGAACAGAACAAAAAUGGAGACACCGCACUACACAUAGCAGCCGCCAUGGGCAGACGGAAACUAACACGCAUACUUCUCGAGGCUGGCUGCGACAAGUCUCUCAGAAAUCACCAAAGCGAAACGGCUAGAGAUAUCGCUACGAGAAAAGGGCUAGAAGAAAUCAUCAACAUUCUUAAUACUCCUGUAGCAAAGCAGCCCAAAAAGAAAGAUAGGCACAGAGAUAAAAGUAGAGAAAGAACGAUCGAUGAACCGGAUGAUGGAAAGAAGAGGGACAGGAGUAAAGACAAAAAGAAAAAGAAUGUCCACUUCGAGAACCCGGCACAGGUUCAUUGGUCUCCAUAUGGUUGUCAUUACUAUCCGGAUCCUAAAUAUUUCCCUAAGCCGAAGUUAAGCUCAUUACCCACCGAACCAUUGAAAAAAGGUGAGCAAUACUAUUUGGAUUUAGCGGGUAAUAUCAAAAAGGGUCCAAUCGGAGCCGGUUAUACGUGUUACUGCGCACCGUUUUUCAGGCAUAUGGAAGAAAAAUUAAACGAAGAUAAAAAAGACUUGAAACGUCAUAUCGAUAGAGCCCAUGAGAAAUUAGACCAAAAAGUUACAGAUUUGGAAAUGAAAACUCAGGGGCAAAUAUCGGAAUUGACUAGAUUUGUAGCAGCAGAAAGGGCCAUGUGUAAAGAAAGGCAUAAACAUUUGGAGCAAUGGUUGACGCGAGGCAUGAUGUUCAGAGCAUCAGAGAGAGUUAAAAAAUUAGAUUUUAGUCCAAAAGGCUCUGUAGAUAUACCACCGAUUAAAAGAACGAAAAGCUUAGAAAUUUUGGAUGGAAGUAAUGAGGAAUGGAACGAUGUAAAUAGGAUUAUUCAGAGCUUUAAUGAAAAUGUAGAACGGUGUGAAAGUAUUGCCAAAGAUCUGGAUCACAAACCUACGUCUAAGAGUUCCGAUGGACUAGACAGUAAAACACCUCCAAGUCCAAGGAGAAAGCAUUUGCUAAAAAAUUCUAAAAGUAGUGACCAAUUAGAUGCAGGGUCCAGUAGAUGUUCCAAAUCUCCCUACAAUCUUGCGCCUCAUUCGGCUAGUAGUCAUGAGCCGUCUCCUAACGUCACAGCAGAAAUUCACGUUAGACCUAAUAAAAUUUCAAUUUCACAGUCACCAGUGUCAGACGUUCCUAUUUAUAACGAAAGAUACAUGGCCUCUUGUCGACAAUCGGAAACAAUAUCACCAAGCAGUAGUAACAGAUAUUCGGAUUUUAAAAAUAUUGAGACGGAAGGAAAUACUAAAUUAAAUCAGCCACCAGAACCUCGAAACGAACUUGCUUGGAAAAGUCAAGUCUUACAAAGAACGGCGGACGACAUUCGCAAAAGAGUAAUACUGGAAAAAGAAAUGGCUGAAGUUCUGUCUAGAAAUACGAAGUCUUUGGACAUAUCUAAAGACGGAUAUAUUAAAUUUCAAAAACAACCAGAUUAUAGAGAAGAAAGCAACAUAGAACGAGAACCUCGAAAAACAGUACAAGAGCUAGUAGCUCAAGUUGAACACCAACAACGGUGUACUUCACCAGAGAGGGUGACACCUGUACAAAGAAAAAUUAUUGAAAAAGAUCCACAGAUACAAGUAGCUCAACCGCCUCCUGUUGUGUUAAAAAUGCCUCAACAACCAAUGAGACCAGCACCUGUAUUGAAAGAAAAACCACCGAAAUCGAAAAGAUUUAGCUUACAUAACCUCAUACCAUUCCCAACGAGGAAAACGUUUCAAACCCCGCCAAAAGAAAAUGGUAAUAAUUCAGAAAGUAGCGACGAAGAAGACAAUCCAAUAAGAAGUACAAAUCAACCGGGUCCCAUGAAGAAUACCAACCUCCUCCAAACUCUACCUCUACCGAAUUACGAGACCAUGUCUGUGAAUUCUCAAUCACCAGCUCCUCAAGUCCAACCACAAAACUAUCCCCACGACGUCAGAAUGAUUCCGAAAGAUGCAUAUUUUCAUGAAAUACCAAACAGGCCUAUACACCAUCAGUUGCCUUACAGGGAAAUCGAAAAUGGCGUACCAUACCCGCAAUAUCCCUGUCAAAACCAAUACGAGCACAACGAGCCAGGGCCACAAAAUCAAAUCCAAGGUCGGAACAGAAAUCCAAUAUACCAUCACCAGACUGGAGUCUUCAACGCUAUGAUGCAAGAUCACAUAAUACGAGAGAUAGAACGGAUACCACAUUGUUAUAGCGAACAUUUAGAUCAGAAUACGGAAGUGGAGAUCGCCAAUCAAAAUGAACACUUUCGCGGUGGUUACUACGAUAACCGUCCGCCAAUGUACCCGGGCUUUAGAGGGAACCCACAUGCAGUGAGGAAACCUGCUCCAGAUCAUAAUCUGCUGCAUAGUCGCCUUCAAUCCUUAGCCAUCAAUACUCAUUUGACGGAAACCCAAAGUCAGACAGACAGAGAAUCGCAUAACGACUCGGGAUACAGCACGAAAGUGUACGGUAGUUCACAAGGACCUUCUCCAAGCCUUUCUGGACACGUAGACGAUAACUUAUCAGGGCAGAGAGUAAGUGUAUUGCCUAACAAAGAUGACGGACAAAUGGGUGCCUCGAGCUUAGUCUGAAAGACAAAAUUAUAUACUUAAUCAAUAAAGUCUGAACCAAGCCAUAUUAUUAAAGAAAUAGCCUUGUAUCAAUGAAGUUGUAACUUCUUCCUAUGUUUUUAAUUCAUCUACAGCACUACACAUUUCUAUUUAUUCUGUAUUAACAAAAUAAACAUACUGAUAAAUAAAAGUAAA